AUGAUUAACAACAGGAAAAAUCCAACAAUGUCAAAAGGAACAUUUUCCAAUCAAACCGAUUACCCUCACAAACCGAAGUCAUUCUGGUCAGCGGCCUUUGAAACACAGACUUCGUUUAUCUUCUCCUGUGUAUUAUUUUUUAUCUAUGCAAUUAUCUUUCUCAUCGGUCUUAUCGCAAAUAUCUUCGUGAUCGUUAUGAUUAUAAAACGUCGACGAAUGCGAACAUUAACAAACCGAUUUUUGCUCAAUCUGGCCAUCUCAGAUUUACUUGCCACGUUGAUCUGUUUGCCGCCCACAUCGUAUCAUUACUAUGAUAAACGAUGGAUUUUCGGCGAAUUUCUCUGUCGGUUCGUUCCGUUUAUGCAAGGUACAUCAGUCGCUGUAUCCAUCUUUACUUUAAUGGCAGUCAGUAUCGAUCGAUUUAUUGCCAUACACAAGCCUAUACAUUCGAAAUUGUUAUGCACACCAAGUCGAGUGUUGUUUACAAUAAUCAUGACAUGGAUUGUUUCAUUUGUUCUGAUGAUUCCAUUGAGUCUACAUCAUCGUAUUGUCGACCCGUUUGACAUAACCUUAACAGCAUGUGCAGAAGAAUGGCAUCGAAAUAUGAAUGCACGAUUAGUCUAUGAUUUUAUCUUACUUCUCGUUCUUUUCAUAUUACCAUUAACAUUAAUGACGUAUUGUUACAUUCGAAUCAGCUUUGCACUUUGGUUCAUUGAUUCCAAUGUUCGCUCAUCAAUAUCCUCGUCGAUUCUCAAUGCUGCACGAUUUUCUACUAUAUCAGAAGACAUGUUCAAUGAUACACGUGCCAAUUCAUUACAAAAAUCUCGACCUAUCUACAUGCGUUACCAUCGAAAUACUGAUUUUCAGCGUAGUCGAGUAAAUCUCGAUGAUUAUCGUGCACUGCUAGUCUCUAAUCGACAGCGACGAGGUACUCUACUGCAAGAACAACAAAACUAUCGCCGACUAUCAGCUGGACCGAUGGUCUUACGACGGUUCAGCGAAAAUGAUUAUACAUUGAAUCUGAAUGCUCACACCCCGGUGAAUACCCAAGGACGUGCAAUACCUAUUCGUCAACGACAUUCAGUCACUCAAUAUACCAGUGGUGCUCUUCGUUCGAGUGUAUCAUCAAUUCCAUGUCAAAAUCGUUUGUUGAAUCUCACCAAUCCUCAACGUCGAUCGAUCAUUGAUUUUGAACAUGCCAGUCGAUUUUUACACAGUCGGCGUCGAGUUGUCAAGUUACUCAUCACUUUAGUCAUUGUUUUCUUCAUCACACGACUUCCGAUACAUAUUCUAUCGAUUUACAUCGAUGCAACAUCCAAUACGUAUUUACUUGAAAACACAUAUAUCAAUAGUACAGCAGUGGAUCCCGAAUCGCUCUAUUCAGCGUAUACGACAAAUACAAACAACAAAAUGUUCCUUGUUCUUUAUGUGAAUCCAGUUUUUCAAUUAUUGUCCUUGGCAAAUUCAGCAAUUAAUCCCAUAUGCUAUUGCAUAAUGAGUCAUGCGGUCAAACAGAUCGUAACAUUAUUUCAGCAGAAAAUCCGACGGAGUCAAAAGAAAGCAUCGUCACUAACAUUGGUGCAAUGA